CUGGAUGCUUUCAACAGAGAGUUAGAUAGAGCUCUUAGGGAUAGCGUAGUUAAGGGAUAUGGAGAGAAGGCAAGAAUGGGGUACGGAUUGUGGAUGAUCAGCCAUGAUCACAUUGAAAGGCAGUGCUGGCUCGAAGGGCCAAAUGGCCUACUCCUGCACCUAUUGUCUAUUGUGAGAGUUGGCUGAAAAUUGAAGUGAGUGAAGGAAACUAAAGUAUCCUUUCCCCAGUCAACAUUUCAACCACUGAAGCCCUAAGCGCAGUUAGUUGAGUAUGAUGGACAAAUGGCAUAGUUUGUGCCCUACACUUCCCCAAACCAGAUCUUAUUCCAAGCUCUGGCUUGGCCAAGAUUACAGGCUGGAUGAUGAAACAACUCAAGGAUGGAUUCAAAGCCUUCUGGAAAAGUGCACCUUACCUGAUUCCUGCAUCUCCGGGCCCAAGGCUGCUCAGGUUGGAGAAGGAGAGUUUGGGAUGGAUUGUGGGCUUCCAGUCCAUUUGUUAGGAGUUUCAAAGCUUUGCGUAAAUGGCAGGAGUGCAUCACCUACAGUCCACAAAACCAGAGUGAACACAAGACAUUCUCAAUCCUAGAGAGUCUUCAUCUAAAGAAGGGUGCCCACCCAAAAAGGUCAUCUGUUCCUAUUCCCCAGAGAUGCUGUCUAACCAAAAAACACAGUUUUUUGUGCCUAUCUUCGGUUUGUCAGCAUCUGCAGUUCCUUCCUGUACAUUCUCAAUCCGAAUGAAUUGUAAAAAAAAAACUUAAUUCAGCCAUAAGAAGAAGACGACAUCUACCUGUUUUGUUUCACUUCAUUAUUCAUGAUGAUGCAUUUUUUGCUGCCUAGACCCUAGGUUCUGUAAUUUAUUUUCUAAAAUUGUACAUCUCUCUCCUUCUCCUCCUUUAAGGGGCUUCUUAAAAGCUCUAAAAGUGUUCUAAUCUCCUUUAUAUAUCUUAAUAUCAAAUUUGGAUUGCUUAUGCUGCAGUGAAUUCUUGUUGAGGUAAUUUGCUGCACUAAAACUGCUGUACAAGUGUAAGGCAUUUUUAUUGGCAGCUGUUAAUUAUUCAACGCACAAAUCAAACUCCAUGUACCUGGGCGUGGUAAUGUACGUAAUACACAGGGACAAGCUUUUCACGUCAAACUGGUUCGCCAAGUUUUAUUUAAUAAAGUCAAUGACACCAGUCGCUAUGCUCACACAGUCUGUGGAGUUUCUCUGACAUUCAGUUCAUCCUACAGUCUUCUAUAAAUCACUGCAAGUGAAGUGCGGUACUUCAGACAUCAGGACUUCGCCAGAAACUCUACGCUUCAAAACUCCAGCAAUGUCUUCCCCUAAGAACUUUUAUGGCAAUUACUUGCCAGAACACGUUCAACCUCCAGCGUACGGAAAUAGCCAGGAAUGGUUUCCACCACCACCCUACCCCAGUGUGCCACAGGGCCAACCUCCUUACAACAGCUCUGGACAAUAUCCUUCUGCACCUUACCCCAGCAGUGGGAAUGCUCCACACCAACCUUAUUACAUCCCCACUCCAGGACCAAAACAUCCACCAACUCAAGUCACCCAAGGCAACGGUCGCAAACCUACACAAUGCUGCGAUCCAAAGAGGAGGACCUACUGUUAUAUCAUCUCCCUGUUUCUGGGCCUAUCCAUUGUUGGCAUUGGUGCUUGGAUUGUUAUCAAGUUUGUGAUGGACAGUCCAACCCAGUCGAUCCGCCAAUGCUCCAGCUCAGUGACUCGGUGCAAUGGCAUCAGUGAAUGUGACGAUAACAGCGAUGAGCUGGGAUGUGUGCGAUUUGACGGAGUGGAAUCACGGCUGGAGGUCUAUGGGUGGCAACAAAAGCAAUGGUCACCUGUUUGUUACACAGACUGGAGUAAAACUUUGGCAAGCAAGACAUGUCAACAACUGGGAUUCACAAGUUAUUUCCACACCAAGCGUGUGAUUGGAGACUCUUCUUCAAACCUUGUUAUCAACGCAGAACAACAACUGACCAACCUACAAAGUAUCCUGAGCUACAGCUCCAAGUGCCCGACGAAAGAUGUCGUCAGUCUCCAAUGUGUUGAUUGUGGCAAAAGGUACAAGUUGUCAUCCAGAAUCGUGGGUGGAACAGCAAGCCAAGAGGGGAAUUGGCCAUGGCAAGUUAGCCUCCACUACAAGUCACGGCCAGUGUGUGGUGGGACCAUCAUUUCACGUGGCUGGGUGAUCACUGCAACUCACUGCAUCUUUGAAGAAGAAGCACAUGAAACGUCCAAUUGGAAAGUCUACAGUGGUUUCAUUUCACAAAGGCAACUCGCAAAAGCCACACUGAGUUUCAUCUCAAAAAUUAUUGUGCACAGGGACUACAAUGAACACACCAAUGAUAAUGACAUUGCUUUGUUGAAGCUUCGCAAUCCAUUGGUGUUUACAGCUAAAAUCAUGCCUGCCUGUUUGCCAACCGCCAACCAGCAGUUCCUCGAUGGAUCAAGUUGCUGGAUCACAGGAUUUGGUCUUGUGGACGAAAAUGCAAACUCUGCUUCUCACUCCCUCCUGGAAGCUCAAGUUAACAUCAUCAGCAGAACAACGUGUAACACAAGAAAAAUCUACGAUGGGCGUAUAACAGAUAACAUGAUGUGUGCUGGCAAGCUCAUGGGGGGAGUUGACUCCUGUCAGGGUGACAGUGGUGGGCCCCUGGUAUGUAAAGCAGACGGCAUCUAUUACCUGGCUGGAGUUACAAGCUGGGGGAUUGGUUGUGCUCGCGUAUACAGGCCAGGUGUUUACACAAACAUGCUGAAAUACAUACAAUGGACCUACUCACAAAUGGAGAGUAACAAGUAAUGACAUUGACCGACAGUGAAUACAUAGUCAACUACUAGCCGUGUUUGUUCAUCCCAGACAGUGGCACUUGUAUAAAGGAAGUUGAUCAGGGCAAGAGACUUUGCCUAUCACUUGUCCGGCACUGGAAGUAGCUACAAGGAAGAGAGUUUGUAUUGGUGUGGAGUGCAGGUUUACUCACUCAACACAGAGAACAUUUAUCCGCACAUCAACUGUUGAUGCCACACCUUGUCGAUCAGAAUACUUUGUCCGCCUUUCACUACUUCAUCUUACUUUAUUGUGAAAAUUCCUACAGAAUCCAAAGGUUAUUGGGUGUAACCGGCUCUGAAUGUAAACACUUCCUCCUUUCAAAGGUCUUGCCAGAGAUUUUCAAUUGGAGAUCCAGCACAACAUAAUUUAUUAUGACUGAAAAUUAGUUUUAAGAUACAGAGCCUGAAUUAGUCAGUUUCUUUGGAAAUUUAGAAAAGAAUCAUGUUCAUUUAGGUUCAAAAAUGCUUAUUAGUGGCCCAUUGACGUGAAGAGACUGUUUAAUUCCCACAGAUACAAGGAGUGCAAGUGGCAGUAAAUCUCGGCUGGGAGUGUGCGUGUUGGGAGGAUUGGCCAAUGGUGUUUAUACUUGUAGACACACCCCUGGGCCAACAUAUUGUUUGCACACCAAUGCAAAACUCAGUUUACAUGCCUUAAAAUUUGCAUUUCAAAUUCUGCCUUCUUUUGCAUAGAUUCAGGCAAAUGCGGGACAAAUUGCAGCAAAUAACAGUUGAUCAUAGACUAUGAACAAAGGUUGUGAAUAGACUGGCUCUGGGGGCUGUAGGUGCUUUGGCCCAGAACUCAUCAGAGUUUGGCCAGGAUAUAUAUCACUUGCUUCUGUUCAGUGUCAGUGUGUAGAUUGGGGCUCCUGCAAUGCUAACGAGCCUACUUACUUGUUUUGAUAUCAAUUGAGCAUCAGCCCAGAAGGAAUGAGAUAGGGCAAUCACAUGACAAUUCAACCUUCUUAUAUAUUGAACAAUAUCAUCCAUCACUCAGCUUGCAACUACACUACCUCCCCUGACACCAUCAUGUGAUCACAUCUUCUCAAAGACCUUGAUUACAAUUCUCUUUAAAAAAAAAGCAACACAUGAUCAUUAAAAAUAGUGCCAAAUCCGUGGAUCAUGGAACAUUUUAAAGUUAUUGAUAAGCUUUAAGAAUGUGCCUUUCCUCCAUUCUAUGGCCUGCAACAGCCAGUAGCCAUAUGUGUUUUAUAGGCAAUAGACAACAGGUGCUUCGAGCCAGCACUACCAUUCAAUGUGAUCAUCACCAAUCCCCUGCCUUCUCCCCAUAUUCCCAGACUCUGCUAUCUUUAAGAGCCUUAUCAAGCUCUCUCUUGAAAAUAUCCAGAGGACCGGCCUCCACCGCCCUCUGAGGCAGAGAAUUCCACAGACUCACAACUCUCUGUGAGAAAACGUAUUUCCUCAUCUCCGUUCUCAAUGGCUUACUCCUUAUUCUUAAACUUUCAAAAAUGUUUAUGGAUGCUCCUGCUUUCCCCCCACAUUCCAAAGAUAUGCAGGUUGGUGGCGAAUGUAGACUGCUCCUGUUGUGUGCGUGAGUCUCUGCACCUGAGGAGAGUACAUUGGCAAUGUGAGGUUAAUAACGUGAUGAAAUGGACGCUUGAUGCAUGGCAUGGUAUGGGCUCAGUGCUCUUUCCAUGCUGUAUGAAGCAAAGACUCACUCUAUAAACCUGUGCCCUGCUGUUGGUCCCUGGCUGUGUGCACUAUCAUUAUUGUAAUUUUCACCACCUUCCUCCAAGUCCAAUUCCAGCUUUGUUUUACCUCAUUGACCUCAAAUGGGGGCUGCCUAUAACGGUAACAACAACUUGCAUUUACACAGCACUUUGAUGAAGCAAAAACGCACCAUGACACUUUAUUGGGGAAUUAUCAAACAAAAUGUAAUAGCAAGGCACAUAAGGAGAUCUCAGGGCUCAACUAUUGGGUGAAAGGCUGAGUUUUUCUGAAAGAGAGAGAGAGGUUAAGG